AUUGUAAACAGGAAAAAGAGGCACAAGAGGAAGAAGAGGCAGGGCGUGGACUCUGUUACGGCCGUCAGCCUGUCACCACCAGCACUCCCUCGCACUCUCCCCUGCAGGCCGCCAACAUGUCCAACUCCGAGUGCAAGAAGCAGAAGACAUGUUUACAGAAGGCGACGAAUGUGACGUUUCAAGUUAACCAUGUGAGCCGGAACAAGAGGGGACAGAUUCUGGGCCAGCGAGGAGGAUUCAGAGGCUGCACAGUUUGGUUCACAGGGCUGUCUGGGGCUGGGAAAACAACAGUUAGCUUCGCCCUGGAGGAGUACCUGAUCUCGAAGGGCAUCCCAGCUUACUGUCUUGAUGGAGAUAACAUGCGCCAUGGCCUUAACAGAAACUUGGGGUUCUCUGACGAAGAUCGAGAGGAGAACAUAAGAAGAGUCUCAGAAGUGGCGAAGCUGUUUGCUGAUUCUGGCGUGGUAGCGUUAUGUUCCUUCGUCUCCCCGUUUUCUAAGGACAGACAGCAGGCAAAGAAGAUUCACAUGGAGUCUGGCCUGCCCUUCUUUGAGGUAUUCGUGGACACGCCCCUGGAGGUGUGUGAGCAGCGGGAUGUGAAGGGACUCUAUAAGAAAGCCAGGGCCGGCAUCAUUAAGGGUUUCACAGGCAUCGAUUCGCAGUACGAGAAACCAGAAACCCCUGAUGUGGUGCUCAAGACAGCCCAGUGCUCUGUCAACGAGUGUGUGGUGCAGGUGCUGGAUACCCUGGAGGAGUGGGAGGUGAUCCCAAGGUCCGCCAAUGAGGGAGUGAAGGAGCUUUUUGUGGCGGAGAACAAGCUGACCCAGGCUAAGGAGGAGGCGGAGUCCCUGCCCUCUGUAACCAUCACGACCCUUGACCUCCAAUGGCUCCAGGUUCUGUCCGAGGGAUGGGCCACGCCAUUGUCAGGAUUCAUGAGGGAACAGGAGUUUUUGCAGUCUCAACACUUCGGCUGCCUCAUGGACUCUGGCGUAUCCAACCAGUCCAUCCCCAUUGUGCUGCCAGUCACCACCGCAGACAGGGAGAGGCUGGACGGCUGCUCUGCCUUCACGCUACGUUACGCUGGCAGACCUGUUGCUAUCAUGAGAAAGCCGGAGUUUUACGAGCACCGCAAGGAGGAAAGAUGCGCCAGGCAGUUUGGCACCACUUGUCCUGACCACCCCUACAUCAAGAUGAUCAACGAAAGUGGUGAUUGGCUGGCUGGUGGUGACAUUGAGGCCCUGGAGCGAAUCAGGUGGAAUGAUGGCCUGGAUGAGUACCGGCUGACACCCCUGGAACUGCGGGCUCGGUUUAGACAAAUGAACGCUGAUGCUGUGUUUGCCUUCCAGCUGAGGAACCCCGUACACAAUGGUCAUGCUCUACUCAUGCAGGACACAAGGAGGCAGCUGCUGGAGAGAGGCUACCACAACCCAGUUCUCCUCCUUCACCCCCUUGGCGGAUGGACGAAGAGUGAUGAUGUUCCUCUCAACACCCGAAUCCAGCAACACCAUGCCGUACUGAAGGAAGGCGUACUGGAUCCCAGCUCAACCGUGCUAGCCAUCUUCCCUUCCCCGAUGAUGUACGCCGGUCCAACAGAGGUCCAGUGGCAUGCGAAGGCCAGGAUGUCAACUGGCGCUAACUUCUAUAUCGUCGGCCGCGAUCCUGCAGGCAUGCCACACCCCCUUACCAAGAAGGACCUGUACCACCCACAGCACGGAAGAAAGGUCCUCACAAUGGCCCCCGGACUGACGCAGCUGGAGAUCAUUCCGUUUAAGGUCGCGGCGUAUGACACGAAGGCUCGACGGAUGGCCUUCUAUACCCCCGAAAGGAAGCCAGAUUUUGAGUUCAUUUCUGGGACCAAAAUGAGAACGCUGGCACGUAAUGGAGAGAGCCCCCCUGAUGGUUUCAUGGCCCCAGAGGCUUGGAAGGUCCUUGCAUCCUACUACCAGAGCCUGCCCAAGGAGUGAAGAAGGUUGGACGGUUAUAGCAGUAGUAGUAGUAGUGGUAGUAGUAGUAGUAGUAGUGGCUCAGACAGGUGCUAGUGAAGAGGCUUAAAAUAUUUCGUAGUUUUAUUAAUUUUAGUACUGAUAAUGUGAAAAUAUUAGUAGGGGUGUUAGGAAAUAGUAGUAAUAGUAGUAGUAGUAGUAGUAGUUUGGGUGUUUAAAUAGCAUUAGUAGUAGUCUUGGGUAAUAGUGGUUUAGGUUCGUUAAAAUUGGACGGUUCUUGUGUACUAUCGAAGCCUGUCCAAGUAGUAAUAGUGGUAGUAGUAGUAGUAGUAGUUAAUAUAUUACAUUUUCCUAUCUUUCUUUUUCUUAUUCAAAUUCAAGGCUUUUAUUGCACUUUUUAUUUGCUUGUUUAUUUUAUUUAUUUAUUUAUUUUUUUCAUUCUCGGUUUCGUAAAAAAAUUUUCGUUUGUUUGGGCGCGAAAAAUUUCCAGUUUGCGAAUGUUUUGUGUCGUUUACGUUAAUUUUUUUGUCGUUUUCUUUGUUUAUUUUUGUUUUUGCUGCUUUAUUUCUUUCUUCCUAAUUCUGUUGGUUAUUUGAACGAUAAAAAGAUAAAAAUUCUUUAUAUAUAAUUACUUCUCUCCAUUUUUGUUUGUAUUUAAUUAUUUAUGAUUACAGUGCAAAAUGAAAUGAGUGAAAAUUUUUAUAUAAUUUUUUUCUGUUUAUUAGAGUGAUGAAUUAUGAAAAGUUAACAUUUUUAUAUAAUUUAAUGUUCUGUUUAUUUGUUUCUUAUUUAUGAUUCGAAUGCAAAAGGAAAUGACAAGUGAAAAUUUUUAUAUAAUUAAUCUUUUGUUGUUUAAUGCAGUGAUGAAUGAUGAAAAAAGUGAAGGUUUAUGUAUAAUUUGAAUGCUCAAUAAUUAACACUGAAAAUUUUUUGUAUUACUAAUUUUGUUGCUGUUUAAUACAGUGAUUAAUGGUGAAAAGUGAAGAUUUUUCUAUAGUUUCAAUGCUGAAUAAUUAAGAGAUUUUUUUUUUUCAUAUACAUAACUAAUCUUUGUUUAAAUAAUGAUGAAGAAUGAAAAGUGAAGAUUUUUUUUUUUUUAUAUAAUUUGAAUGCUGAAUAAUUAACAGUGUUUUUUUUUAUACAUAAGUAAUCUUUUUCUGUUUAGAUAAUGAUGAAGAAUGAAAAGUGAAAAAAAGAUGUGUAUAAUAACACUAUUGCUAUCUUUUGUUUUAUUUACUUAGAAUUGAAACAUGAAAUUAAAUUAUGAAGAGAUUUUUUUUAUGUAGCAAACUCUUUUCUGUUGUGUAAAUUGUGAUGAAUAAUGAAAGUGAAUAUAUAUAUAUAUAUAUAUAUAUAUAUAUAUAUAUAUAUAUAUAUAUAUAUAUAUAUAUAUAUAUAUAUAUAUAUAUAUAUAUAUAAUUACUCUUCAGCUGUUGUUUAUUUAAGUUGUUUACAGUUAUAACUCUGAAUGAUAUAAUGAAGAGGAUUUAAAUUUUUCAAAUACCUAUUUUUUUUACUUCUCUUUGUUUUCAUCAUUUAGAAUUGGAACAUUGCAAUAUGAUGAAGCAGAAUGAAGAUUUUAUAAUUCAAAUAUUUUUUUACAGAUUCAAAUAUUAUCAAAUGUUACGUCAGAAACAAAUUUCAUGCUUAUGACAUUUCUUUAUGCGUGGUUACGUUAAAAAUUUGAAUAUUAUCAACUUUUUUUGCGCUUUGCAUCUUAUUUACCUAUUUGUGCAAUAAGUAAGUUACAAAUUCAAAUAUUAUCAAAUGUUACGUCAAAAACUCAAAUUUCGCGCUUCUUGUGUCAUUUCUUUAUGCAUGAUUGUGUUCAGAAUUCAAAUAUUAUCAUUUUUUUUCACUCUUUAUGUCUUAUUUACCAAUUUGUGCAAUAAGUAAGUUAAAGAUUCAAAUAUUAACAAAUUACGUCAAAAAAAACUCAAAUUUUGUGCUUCUUACAUCAUUUUUUUAUGCAUGGUUACGUUCAUAAAUCGAAUAUUAUCAAUUUUUCACUCUUUACAUCUUAUUUAUCUAUGUGAGCAUUGAAUAAGUUGCAAAUUUAAAUAUUACCAAAUUUUACAUUAAAAAAACUAUUUCUUUAAGUAUGGUUACCUUCAAAAUUCGAAUAUUAUAAAUUUUUCAUUCUUUACAUCAUAUUUAUCUAUGUGAGCAUUGAAUAAGUUGCAAAUUUAAAUAUUACCAAAUUUUACAUUAAAAAAAACAAUUUCUUUAAGUAUGGUUACGUUCAAAAUUCGAAUAUUAUCAAUUUUUCACUCUUUACGUCUUAUUUACCUAGUGAGCAUUGAAUAAGUUACGAAUUCAAAUAUUAUGAAAUGUUACACAAUUAACUAAAUUUUUGGGCUUCUUGUGUUCAUUUUUAAAUACAUUGUUACGUUAAUAAUCCUAGUAUUGUCAGUUUAUAUGCUCUUUACAUUUCUAUUUCCGUACGUUUGCUGUGUUUAAGUUACAUAUUCCAGUGUUGCCUGGUUUUACGCUCUUUACGUCUUGUGUUCCAGUGUUGCCAACUUUCCACUCUUCAAGUCUUUAUUUUCAGCACAAGCAAUUAUUAAGUUACGUAUUGCAGUGUUGCCAAUUUUUAUGCUUUUUACCUCUUAGUUUCUUGACACGCAAUGAUUAAGUUAGGUAUUCCAGUGUUGCCAACUUUCAGCUCUACAUCUUUACUAUCUUAUGCGAACAAUAAUUAAGUUAAGUAUUUCAGUAUUGCCAAUUUUUACGUUCGAGUCUUUACUUCCAUACGUAAACGAAGACUGACUUACGUAUUCCAGUGUUUGUAACUCCGGGAACAUUGCACUGAUUCCAGAUAGCUGCCAGUAGCCUUCAUUUAAUCUUUCAUAGUCAAGAUUAAGUCAGUGGUUGGUAAAGCAAUGAUUGUAUGUACUCGUAUGUAUGUGUGUUUGUGUUUUUUUUUAUUCAUUCAUUUGCUUAUUUAUUUUUUUCAUUAUUUUGCUUCGGGGAUUUUAAAGGACUAGUUUGUGUUCAGUAUUAGCGGAAAGGAAUGAAAUUUUCUCUCAUUUUUCUGUUUUAUAUAAGAGAGACACCUGUUUUAGAGACACAGACUUAGAAAAGAGAAUAUUAACGCCCAUUGAGGUGUCAGUCCCUAAUGAGAGUCAAAACUAUUAUCUAAAAUAUGAGGAUAAGUGUGUUGAAGCCUCCCUCAUGAAAGAGUUCAAGUCACAGGCAGGAGGAAAUACAGAAGCAGGCAGGGAGUUCAGUAUUAUAUUGAAAGGGAUGAAUGGUUGAGAAUACUGGUUAACUCUUGCAUUAGGGAGGUGGACAGAAAAGUGGUGAGAGAUUGAGAAUACUAGUUAACUCUUGCAUUAGGGAGGUGGACAGAAUAGUGGUGAAAGAUUAAGAAUACUGGUUAACUCUUGCUUUAGGGAGGUGUAUAGAAUAGUGGUGAAUAAUUGAGAAUACUGGUUAACUCUUGUAUUAGGGAGGUGGGCAGAAUAGUGGUGAAAGAUUAAGAAUACUGGUUAACUCUUGCAUUAGGGAGGUGGACAGAAUAGUGGUGAAAGAUUAAGAACACUGGUUAACUCUUGCAUUAGGGAGAUGGACAGAAUAGCAGUGAGAGAAAGUAAUAAGUUGUAUAUUUGAUAUGAUUUAUUUUAUUUUUUUUCAUUUUCAUUUUUUUUCAUUUUUUCUGAUUUUUCUUUGUUUUUUUUUUAUAUGUGGAAGUGUGAGACAGACAGACAGACAGACAAAUGAAAGAUUAUUAUUCACUCACAGUUUGUUUGAAUUAUAGUUUAUACAGAUUUAUUUAUAAUUUCUUAGUCAGUUGCAUAGUUCAUUUGUUCUAUUCAAUUGUUUCAUCAAGUGUUGUUUUCUUGUUGAUUAUUUUUAUUUAUUUAUUUAUUUUUUCAUUCUUUUAUUUAUUACUUUUUUUAAUAAGUCAUACGUAGUUGAAAUGCAGAGGAUGUUAAUUGUAAAGUGUUCAGGUGUUCAGUUCUAUUUAUCGGUGAAGUACAUCAGUGACGAAAUAUUUGACUGUCAACAUCUCGUCCAUAAAUUAAUAAUAAUGUGUAAUAAUUUAUAAACAAACUAGAAAUAUAAAUGACGAAAACAACACGUCCAA